AAGGCGCCCGUGCUAUAGACUGGUCGUAUCUCAUACCAAAAUUAGGCUAUCAAUUUGAUGCAUUGACGAUGGAGCCUCAAUAAUUUGGCGUUCAUUAGUUCAUUAUUUUAUUUUUGUUAAAAUGAGCAAAGAUGCCUUGGAAUUGUUUUUGGGGAUACGAAUCUCCCCCGCCCGCGUGCAGAGUCAGUGGUCCGCUGCAUCUUCUUCUACAGAAAGAAGGAGUGGCCCAAACACACGCGUUUCGCAGUAAGACGUUUAAAAAACCCAGACCCUGUCAUUGGUGUCAUCAGCCAGUACACAACGGAUCAUGUUGCAGAGUUUGCAAAUAUGUUUGUCAUACAACAUGCGAGAGUAAGGUAUCAGAUGCAAUACAGCUGUCGGAUCCGGCCAAUUCUGCUGAAAUACUCGCACGUUUACAAAACAAUGACAAAGCAAGAUUUACGGACACAAGUUGGCAAAUCCAUCGAACCUGGUCACGCAAUGGGGAUCCACUUCCCGUGUCUCCGCCGCCCGUGCGGACGGAGCAAGCAAAGCAGCAGUCAGCCGUCACCAUACGCGAACCACAAAGAGAUGAUCAAAAUGGCAUUUACGACACAAUUACGACUAGAGCAGUCAGCGCCCCGGCCACACCUGGAGCUCCGACUUUCGCAAGAGAAUACGGUGGUCCUCGUUCAAUAAGUUACCCAGGCGGCGGCAGUGGGCCGGCGUCGCGGCUCGACCUCUGCUAUGUCGCGGAACGAAUGCUGGCUUUACACUUGCCUCACAGAGAUGCACAGGCCGAGGCGCAAGCCGCGCAUAUGCUGUCCAACAAACACGGGGAACAUUUUAUGGUAUUCGAAGUGAGUGGGGACGCAUCGGGAGACGCGCGCACGGCCCGCAGCGUGUUUGGGCGCGCGCGUUCGCUGGGCUGGCCUGGCGACCUCGCGCCGCCGCUCGAACGCCUCUGUGCGGCCUGCAAGCAUAUUGAGAGCUGGCUUGCUGCACAUCCCAAAAAUGUCGCCAUAUUACUCGCUUGGGGUAAUCGCGAGCGGCUUGGCGUGCUGGUAGCAGCAUACAUGCAUUACUCAGCGAUAUGCGGCGCGCCCGAACAUGCGCUUGACCGCUACGCUAUGCGGCGCUACCUAGACGACCGCGUGCCGGUCUUUACGCUGCCUUCUAACAAACGAUAUAUCGACACAUUCGCGGGUUUGUUGGCUGGUCAGAUAAGGGUGAAUUCAGCGCCCCUCCACUUGACGCAUGUCAGUGUUGCGGGCUCACUCGCAGCACCCUCCACUCCUACCAUCGCCUUCCUAAAGAUAUAUGAAAACUACACCUGCGUUUAUACUUCAGGUCUGUACAUGGUAAACGGCGGAGGGUGGACGGUUGGCGUGGGGCGGCUCGCCUUACGCGGUGACGUGCUGGUGCGCGCGUACCGGCGGCCGGCGCACGCGCACGCCGCGCCGCGCCACCUCGUGUUCGCGUGUCAGUUCCACACCUGCGCCGUCGCCGACCACACGCUCUCCUUCACUAAGCUACAGCUAGACCACGCUCUGCAUGAUCCGUCGUUCCCCAGCGACGGUGCGGUGGAGCUAGUGUUCGCGCGCGGGGAGGGCGCGGGGGGCGCGGCGCCGGCGCCCACCCCCGCCGCGCCUCUCCGCGCCGCUCCCGACGCGCUCGCCAGAGCAGAUUCACUGGAACAUUUGCGGCCCUUGUCUACGCUUACAGAUGAUGAACCGGGCGACAAUAACGGAAGCGCGGAAGGUUCUGGAGGUGAAGCGGGGGACGGCACAGAAGCGGCUCAUACAUUCGGUCCUCUCGACGGAUCUAUCUACGCGACUGUAGUGCGCGCGGGCGGCGGCCCUUCCUCGCCGCUCAGUGCCUCGAUGGACUCCGGCAUCUCAUCGGCGGGCCGGCGGGCCGCCCCCAGCCCACCGGAUGAGCUGGACGCGCUUUUGGGGGACAUGUUGCGUACCGUGAGCGCGCUACCUGACCCGCCGCCGGCCACGCCGCAGUCGACCGUCGACCGUGCACCCGACAUACCGUACCACGCGCGUACCGAUUCCGCGCCCUUCACUUACGGAGCACCUGGCCUCCGCCCAGGCAUGCUUCGCGCGUCCAACCGCCUCGCCAGCCCUGAGCUGGUGCGCCGAGCCUUAGGCAACGAUCGGGGAUACCAAGCCAUAGAAGAUGAUGAUGAUGAACGGACUAUAACUCCCGACCCUUCACCUCGAACUCCUCUUUCACCACGGACGCUUCGAAAAUUGACUUAUGAGGAUGUCACCACCACGACCACUACAGCACCAGCUCCUCAAUCUGCUACGCCAUUGACGAAUGGAAGAUGGAUGAACGGUGAUGCGGAAAGAAUAGAUCGCCCACCAAGCAGUGCGCGGAAGAUACAAGAAAAUGAUUCAUGGCGAUCGACAAGCACAUUGGGCUGGCAUGAGAGCUCGCGGAGUCGCGAACCCAGAAGAUCAGAGAGUGGAGUUGAAUUUAAUUCAGGUCUCACAUGGCUUCAAAGGCAACAGCAGAAGUUAAGGGAGAGGAAGGAGGCAAGAGAAAGAGUCGCUCGUCUGCCUUUAGAGUGGGACGCUCCGUCAAGACAUGUGCGACGAUCCGCUAGUCACCGUGUGGACGGAUACACGAGCGACACCACGGCGUUUGCAGAUGACGACGACGACUUCAGCGUCCCCUUGCACGUGAACACGCGCACGAUUCACCGAACUGACAGCAUCAGCCCUCAAGCACCAGACAGGACCUCAUCUAGAAAGUUCAUGUAUGAGAAGAUGACAAUGCGCGAGUGGAGUACGAGCAGUACACCGACAAGCACCACCGCGCCCGGUCUCUUGUCUCUCGCAGACCCCGUUCAUAAUGAUUCCAUCAGCCGUGAGCGGACAGAAAGCUGGUCGCGCACUGAAUCCCGCGCAGAAUCUCGCGCAGAGUCCCGCGCCGGCACGCCCGCGUUUCCGACGCACCCGCGCACACCGUAUCCCCCCACCCCCACUCCCUCGCUCUCCGCGAGACCUCCGCGCUCCCCACCAUCUGCAAGGAAAGAUCGUGAAGGCAGCCCGGAGUCUGAAUACCGGACGUUCAACGGUAGCAACGGUUCGCGCCGCUCCAGCCUUAGUGGCUCCGAGCUGCAGCACGUGGCGCCCGACCGCGUGCGCUUCGCCAAGGACACCAGCCACUACUGGUACAAGCCUAACAUAUCACGAGAUGACGCCGUUGCCGCGCUUCUUCAGCUAGAAGAGGGUGCGUUCAUAGUGCGCGACUCGAACUCGUUCCCGGGCGCAUUUGGGCUGGCGGUGCGCGCGGGCGGCGCGGGCGGCGUGCGGCACUUCCUCGUGGAGCCGACCGCGCGCGGCGUGCGCCUGCGCGGCUGCCCCGACGAGCCCGUGUUCGGCUCGCUCUCUGCGCUCGUAUACCAGCACACGGUUACACCACUCGCUCUGCCUGUGCCGCUUAAACUGCCCGAUAGAGACCCGUGGACGGGUGGCAGUGCGAACGCGGCCGCUCGUGCUUUACUCGCGACCGGCGCGGCCUGCAACGUGCUCCUUUUGGGCUCCGAGAAUACAGAAGCCCUUACUGGACCCGCCGCUGUUAAGCGUGCUGUACAGAAUAUCUUACAGAAAAAGGGUAUAGCACACGUAGUCCACUUCAAAGUUUUCGGCGGUGGUAUAACAUUAACGGAUUCAGCUCGAAAACUGUUCUUCAGGCGACACUACCCAUCCAACGCUGUUUCCUACGCUGGCCUGGACCCUGACGAGAGGCGGUACACCUACGUAGAUAACGGAAAACAGGCUGAAAAACGUAUCUUCGCUUUCGUGGCUCGCUCCACGUCUGGAGCGGAUAACCAAUGCCACGUGUUCGCCGAACUAGAGCCUGAACAACCCGCUACUGCUAUCGUUAAUUUCGUGAACAAGGCUUUGCUCGGUAACACGCAGAAGCGAGAUAUCAUAUAAAGAAAAAAGAGCGGUAUCAAAUAAAUGCAACUUUUUUCAGUUAUUAGUCUAUUGGCUGUCGCUGGCUAAUACUCACUGGAGAGAAGUGUCAAACACGUAUAUUAUGCAUAACAUGAAUAAAGAAAGUAAAAGAAAUUCUAUUAAUUUAUGAAAAAUUCCACUUUUAUUUAUAUUAAUAUUUAACGGUAAUUUAAUGACUAAAAACUUGGGUUUUUGUGGAUUAUUGAUAAAAUGUUAUCAAAGAUUUAUUUUGAAUACGCUUCAUAUUCACCAAGUACAAUUUACUGUUUAUUAUAAUGUAGUUAAUGAAUCAUCUACAAUUAAGGUAUAUUAUGUAUUAAUAAAUUGUAGGUUAGAAAAACUAACUAGUCUCAUUAUUGUUUAACAUAGUGGUAGUGAUAUGACACGUGCCUAAUUUCAUACAUGUUAGCUUUCAUCCAAAUUAUUAAAAUAGAGCUUAUGUAAGCAUAAAUAGUAUAUAUCAAUUAUAAUUACGAUACGAUAUAUGCAUGGAUGUUGUAAUGUGAUUGGUUAGUAUUUGUUUCGCAUUUUUAUUUAAGCUUUUCUCAAUAGUACAACGAAAUAAUUAUUGUCUGCCUCCAUAAAUACAACGCAUUUGCAAAGGUUCCUUAGGUAAGAUAGUCUUGAGCCACAAUAAUGAAAGUUUCACCAGAAUUACCCUAAACAGUGAUGUUGUCGAAGAUAAUCUUACACCAGUGUAUAAGUACACAACGAAACCCAGUUAUAAGUAUAAUUUAACACUAAUUAUAAUAAUUAUUGUUGUAAAAUGUAUUUAUUGGUUAUAAUAAAUUCAUUUAUUGUCUUUA